AUGGCAUCUCUGAUGGAGCAGACUUCAACGACUGCGACCAAUCCAGCAGUCACACAAUCUCCUAUCAGAGACAAGGCUGAGCACAACGGAAGCUCCAACAAUGAAAGCAUUCAAUAUAUACCUGAGUUUUACAAGGAUGCGCAGAUUGGUUUCCUGGUGAUACUUUUCUUUUUUAUUGUCAUCGGCAACGUGAUAGUUCUGGCUGCCAUUGCUCUGUCGAAGGAGAGGAGACGAUCCCGCAUGAACUUCUUCAUCAUGAACUUAGCCCUGUGCGACCUGCUGAACGGACCACUGAUCGUGUUGUCAGACCUCAUUACAAAGAUCACAAUCUACUGGUACGCUGGAGCCGCCUUCUGUAAACUGCACAAAUUUUCACAGGUCCUGGUCAUGUACGCCUCCACAUACAUGCUGGUUGCCCUCAGUGUUGACAGGUUGGAUGCUGUAGCCAGGCCUCUUCAGUUUACCGCCAGCUGUAA